AUGUCGAAACUGCCACCACACCUGGUUCUCGCGGCUCGAGAGAUUUUUGACGCCAUGAAAUCGUCAAGAACCGACGGAAUACUUAUCGGUGGGGCGGCCACGAUGAUUCACGGAAGCGACCGUGAGACGAGGGACUUAGACAUAAAUACCAACUCCUUCAAUUUUCGGGAUAUACUUGCAGCGAAACCCGUUCAGAUCCGUGAGGGAAGCUCAGCCAGCCGCUUAAAAGUGACAUAUAUGGGUCCUACAAGGGCAGUCUCCUGCGAUAUCGCCAGCGACCACGCGCAACAUAUCCCGAUACUGCUGCAGUACACGCACGAAUUUCAGGGGAUACGUUACGCCUCUGCUCCUCUUCUGAUCGUGGACAAGCUACUAGCUUACACAGAGAGGGGAGUCAACAAAGAGAAAAAGCGUACCAACGAUUUGACGGACAUCUUGUUCCUCGCCAACAAGAUGGUCGAUAACAAGGAAUCCGUCUCUCAAGAACUGAGGAAACUCUUGCUGAAGGACGAGACACUUCGUGUUUUCUUCACCAGCCUUGCAGAGGAGGGGAAUAACGAUGCUAGAGAGGCCGCGGAAGCUUUUUUCCCUCAGCUGGGGCUAGAUGUGGAGCAGUGGUGA